UAAUGGUUGCAUAUAUAGCUAAAUAAAAGACAAUAAAAAUAAAGGUGUUUAAAUUUAUUUGCUUUGCCUUUAAAGCAAAGGGAAAUAAUGGCAUAUUAUCAGAAUAAAGUGUUAUUAGGAUUCGAGGAUGAUCCGAUAACUGAGAAAAAUAAGGGACAAGUAAAUUAUACCACAAAUAAAAUCGGAGGAGAGCCUGACUUGCCUGUGAGUAUUCCCAAACUUGAUAAGUUUCUUACUUGUAAGUUGUGCCAGUUGCCACUUAAGUUAGUAGUUCAAGUGUACGCACCUUUAGAAGGCUCUAGGUACCACCGUACCCUGUACUUAUUCGCCUGCAUUCACCCUAAUUGCUGGAAUCAUAGUGAAAGCUGGAAAUGUUUCCGGGUAGAAGUAGAAGAAUCUUUUGCUUUAGAUACACAAAAACCCACUGCUGGAGGUAUAAAAUUUGAGAGUACUGAUUGGUGUACUGAAGCAGACGAUUGGGGAGAUACAAAUGAUAAUAAUGCAUUUUUGCCUGAAGAAAACUGCAAUAUGAUCACAAAUUUUAUUGAAAAAAAUUCAGAUGACGAAGAAAGUGGUAGUUUGGAAGACUCAGUCUCUUCAAAUUUGAACAGUUUAUCAAUUGAUGAGAGAAAUGCCAAUAAUGGCGCAUACGGUGGUGCAGUGGGUAGACUCCACUCCCCAGGCGCUACAGCCGAGAUCGAGGGCAACGAAGUGGAAGUCAUCACUGUAGAUACUCCCACUGUUCCAAAAGUGAAUUUGGCCGCUAUUUUGAAUGAAGCUCCACAAUUACCAGAGGCUGUUAGUAGAGAAAAAAAUGUUUCGUUUUUACCGUACUUUAUGUCGGUUUGGGACGAAGAUGACGCAUGCAGUAAUUCUUCUGGUUCAGUUGGCGACAAUCAUGUAAAAGAGCUAUUGACAAAUUACCAACAGGCUAAUGGCGAUUUUAGUGAAUCAGAAGGUCACCAAAGAAGGACUAAUAACAGUGGAGUAUCUGGCGAGGGUGAUCUUAAUUUAGCAAUGGAAGAAUACGAGCAAGCCAAACCCGCCCAUGGAGACAUGAGAUCUCAUCAUUUCAUCUCGAAAAUUCAAUCAAAUCCUGGCCAAAUCCUAAGGUACGAUCGUGGAGGUACUCCACUAUUUCUACACUCCCUUCAAGAACCCUUGAAGUACUGCCAACAUUGUCAAGGAGAUUUGACGUUCGAGUUUCAACUGGUACCGACGAUUAUAUCCAAACUUUGGCUAGUUUGCGAUACCACCCAGCAAACUAGGCUAGAUUUUGGUACUGUGCUGGUUUAUACCUGUAAGAAGAGCUGUUGGUCUAGCAAUGAUUAUUUUAAGGAAGAAAUUGUUUUUGUACAGAGGGAAAAUUUGUAAUGAUAUUUAUUUUUAUUUGUUUUUAUGCUUUAUUGAUAUUUGUUGUUUUGGUUUUAUAGAAAUAUACUUUUUAUUUUUCUGUU